AGUGCAAACAUCGUAUGGCUCAAGAAAAAGGACGGUUUGCACAGACAUGUAUUCUGGUCGUAGCACUUAUUCUGAUUAUUAUUUCUUUUGCACUCAGUGCUGCCGGACUUUUUAGUCCCAGCUGGCAAGUUGUCGAUAUUCGAGAAUUUCGAGCUGAACAUCAUCACGGUCUCUGGCUUGACUGUGCGCGUGCGGAGCGCUAUCUGGCCGCUGUUGGACGGGAAUUUGGAGGUGGACAAGCACUUCAUUGCACUUACAAAUUCGAUCAGUCCGCGAGCCAGGUGAUCGACGAAAACAUUGAAGACAUCGACCAGAACAGUGCUGCAGGUGAAAGUGAACAUCACCAUUUCUUUGGCUGGCACAAAGCUGUGCUCGGUUGCCUUAUCGUAUCGUUACUUUUCUCCUCAUUGGCUCUUUGCUGUGGUUUAUGCGCCCCGUGUAACGGCGGCUGUGCUGUGAUAUUUACGAUAUUUGUGUUUUUGGCAUUAUUUAUGGCCGUUAUUGGCGAUGGGAUUUUCUUCUUCGCUGCGCAUCGCGUGGAUAAUAGAUUCGUUCAAGGACUCGUCGGAACGUACGAGCAACGAAUCGGUGUGGCCUUCUAUUUACAUGGUGCGGGUACACUCGUGCUUAUGUUCGCUUUUCUGGUAUCGGUUGUCGCUUCAUACCAGAUUCUUCGCAAAACAGAACUUUCAAAUUCGUUACCACUUCGAGAACUGGCUCCCUUAUACGGUUCCAGGAUGAGGGAGACCUUUGCAUAGAUAAUAAACUUAUAGAUGCUAGGUAUAAUAAAUCGCGUGUACCUCCGAUGGUGCGUAUAUUUUAUCAUAUAGAAAUUUAAUCGCAUCUUUCUUGUUCAUUGCUAUUGCCUCGUUGUCAUUCACUUCUGUAUCUCUCUUUCUCUACUUACCCUUUGAUUCAACUGGCUUGGCGGUUGGAAGGUGGAGCUUCGUGACCCAAUCAAGGCUAGGU